UGCGCCUUACACGAUGCCUUUAAGAAUUUGGCGCCGCGCAAAAUCCGACUCUGCUCGUCGAAUAAUCCAAAAUAACCAUGACGAGACCUUGUAGCCGCGCAAGUAUUGAUCGGUGGUGGUGAUUUGACGAGCGAUAACCGCGCCCACCCUUUCAUCCUACUAUCCCUAUGAAUAACACACCUUUCGUAAAUGUUACCGCGUAAAAAAGCGAACCAAUCUCUCUGUACCUUUUUCAAAAUUUGGCGCGUAAGUUAACAGAUUAAAAAGAUCCAUUUUAUUGAUAGAUUUUUAAAUAAUUAAAUUAUUUAAAAUCUAUCAAUGAAAUUACGACAUAAAAAGUUUUAAAAAAUGAAGAACAAGAAAGAAAAGAAAAGAUAUACUUCUUAAAACGGAGACUGAUUUGUCCUAUUUCCAAUGCACAAAUUUCAAGUUCGUGAAAAAAUUAUUGACGAUUUCUUCGUUUUACAUCGUGAAUUCAGGACAAUUGACAAUUGAUGAGAAAAUUAAUAUGCGAAAAAGUCGUCGCGAUUAUUUUAUAUUUGUUUUAUGUUAAAAAAAAGAAGAAGUCGUAUCUAGUGGCAGUAAAUAAGUAUUGAGUGAAUAUCGCAUUAAUAUAUUUCUAAAGCAUCUCUUCCAAAGUUCGAUAAGUGAUAUCGAAUUUAAACCAGCAAUUGAUGGCUUGCCGCAAAACGAAAGGCAUUUUCACAACCCCCUGUUCUUGAUUUUCAUCCAGGGCGGCAUAUUUCCAUAGUUCUAUUUUAUCAAAUUCUACACAUACUACCUUUUUAUACUUUUUGACAUUUAAAUGAUCCAAAACGGAUGAAUAGACGAAACUAUAAAAAAAAGAGAUAAACCUAACCAAAGAAAGAAUGUCAUUUUUAUUAGCAACUUCGCAACUCGGCUACCUGACGAAUAAGGAAAAGGAAGACUUUUUGUAUUCAGACGAGGAUGGAGAAAAUUACAAUUUCAAGGUGAUGAAAUUUAUCCAAAAAAAAAAAAUAAAUAAAUAAAUAAAUAAAUAAAUAAAAAAGAAUAAAUGUAAUGGAAGAAAAAAAAAAGAAAUACUUAUACUAUCAUUAUUAUAAUUUUUGGGGAGAAAUUUUGGUAUUAUAUUUUAAUAUGUGCGUAUUUUUUAAAUUUAAGUACAUAUCUGGAAAUCGAUUCAAGUACAUAAUAAAAGAUGUGCAAAGAGAAAGAUGCAGAGACGAGGAGGAACGUGCAUGGUGUAGAUUUGUAAAACAACAAGAAUUAAACAGUAAUAUAAGAUAAUAAUACAUUUAUUUAGCACUAAUGAGUAUAACAGGGAAGAUAGAGAAUUAAGAAGAUUGGAGGAAGAUGCACUUCCGGAAUAUAAAUUAGGAUCUUACGUAGAAGGCAGUAAAAGGAAUGAUCAUAAAUCUAUUUAUCCAGUAAAUAUACGAUAUUAUAAAAGAACACGGAGAAGAAAAUUUUACAAACAGGAUAACAGAAACAAAAAGCAAUGAUACUAUUACUAUCGACAUGGAUCGGUCGAUCUUAAGAGAAGAUUUAUUGCCAUAUAUGAGAUUUAUAAAAUCUAAAAGAUCUUCAGAUCUGAGAAGAACUUCGUCUGAUAUUGUACAAAGCAAACAUCCAAAACAAGACAUAGUAGGCAAUUUCGAAUGCAAUUCUACUCCAGAAUUGAGCAUAGAAUAUGAAAGCGAUAAAGAAGAUAAUAUUUCUGUGCAACCAGAUCCACUAACUGCGCAUAGAAUUGUAAUAAUGCAACAAAGGAUUUCUGAAUUGUUAGAUGAAAUCUCAUUCAGAUUAGACAGAAUUCCACUGCCCGAUGGUGACAUAGACUUGAAACGGAGACAACAACGUGUUAUGGAAUUUUGUAUAAGAUUGUCGAGAAAUUAUUUAUACGAUCUUACCAGAUAUGUCAAUGACAUUCAGAAACAUAUGCGCGCUAUUUCACCAUCUGCAAAGAUAAAAUCUGGUCGUAGAGGCAUUACGUUUCACAUGCAGAUUAUUGAACAAAAAUUGAUAGCUUCUCAUCAGUUAUUAUUGCAUGGAUUAACUGCUUAUUGUAGGCAUAUUCCUUGUUCAAUUCCGCAAGGUCAUUCUAAAAAAAUUAAAGAACUAUUAAAAGUAGUGACUGAUUUGAAAGAUAUUUGUGAUCAUAUUCAAUUGACUAGAAAUUAUUUUGGCUCUGGAGAUACCUGUACGUUACCACUGGAAAAAGAGACACAAGCCAAGUGUAACGCUAUUUUGUCUAAGUUGAAACUGAGUUCAGGAACUGAAUCGCAAUUAGAUGAUUAUAAUACAGUUUCAAAUAUAGUUAUUCCACUAAAUGUACCACGGGCAAGAAACCGUUCUAAACGUAAGAAUUUGGAAACUCGAUUGAGAAUGUAUAAUAAUAUGGAAGCUAAAGCAUAUAAGAGCAAUUUUAGAAGAAAAUCCUCAGCAUGUCAUAUAAAGGAUAAAAAAACUGAUACACGUCAUAAUAAAAUUAUUUAUAACGAACAUUUAUCUUUACCGCAACAACCAAAUUCUAGUCCAAUUACGAAUGCAUUUUCUAAAGAAAUUAUCCAAGAAGAUGACACAAAGUAUAAAACAUCCUUGAAAGAAGAUGAUAUUAAGACAAUAAUGGGAACAGUUCCUGUAGAUUCUGAUAAUGAUACCAACUUGGAAAUACAAUCCAAGCAUACUAAUAGAUUGCUAUUAUCAAAAAAGGCAAAGGUCAUGAAAGAGUCGCCUAAUAAAUUGUAUAAUGUAAAAUUUUAUAAAGGCGAGGCGAGACAUAAUAAAUUAAGAAGUAGUCAUUCAAAUCAUUAUAAUGAUUCAAUAAAUAAGAUAAAUGAUUCAGCAACUUCCGACGAAGUAUUGUUUGAAUUUCUUCCAAAGUAUCAAUCUUUUCAAGAUUUUAAUAAUAAAGAUAUUUCAAAUGGCGAUUUUAGAAAUCACAUACCGAAGAAACAUUCUGUAUCAAAAAGCAAAAAAGAGAUCAAUAAGGAUAGAAGAAACAUGAAUUUGGUUUGUCUCUCAUCUUUGGAUAACAUAUCCAACGAACGUACAUGUUGUAAUGCUAUGAGUCACCUGGACAACCAUAAAAGUCAGAAUAGUCUCAUCCAAUUAUUUAUUUCUAAAGAAACUGAAGCGAAAUUUUUGAAAUAUAGAAUCGAAUACUAUCAUUUAUUUAAAUGUAGUCCGAUGUAUUCUAACAAAACGCAAAAUAAGCCAUGGAAUAUUGUGGCAUGGAUUUCUGAUAAACUUGUGGAUGAAUUAAUUAACGAAAUUGCAAAGGAACUAGAAAUGCAAGAUAUAAUCCAAAAAAUGUAUCAACUAGAAUUUAAAGAAUUUUAAUAUAUACGUAUACACACGCACACGCACGCACAUUUAUAUAUGACAUAUUUCUCCCAGAUAUAUUAAUUACGUAUGAUAACAAAAAAGAAUUAUAUUUAUUUGAAAAGCACAAAAAUUUGGAAUGUUUUUACACGUACGUUACUUUUAUAAAUAAAACAUUGAUAUUUUAAAUAGUA